AUGCUGGGUAACGGCACCGCAAGACCAUCCAAAAGUCCGUGGACUUCUCCACUGCAAUUGGUGCCCAAGAAGGAUCUGGUUUCUUGGCGACCAUGCGGUGAUUAUCGUUGCUUAAAUGCGCGAACCAUCCCAGACCGCUAUCGGUUGCGUCAUAUCGGGGAUUUUAGUAAUAACAUCGCUGGAUCUACUGUCUUCAGUACGCUUGAUCUGAUAAGAGCUUACCAACAGAUACCAGUCAACGACGAAGACGUAUGUAAAACGGCGAUCACGACUCCUUUUGGAUUAUUUGAAUUCCCGUAUAUGACCUUCGGAUUGCGCAAUGCUGGACAAACGUUCCAACGCUUUAUGGAUGAGGUUUUACGUGAUUUGGAUUUUUGUUUUCCGUAUAUCGAUGAUAUACUCAUAUUUUCCCGCAAUGAAGAAGAACACGCUUGUCAUCUUCGCAUUCUCUUUCAGAGGCUAGCCGAUUACGGCAUUGUCGUAAAUCCUGCUAAGUGCGUACUGGGAGUAGACAGUGUCAUCUUUUUAGGAUACCGCGUUUCUAAAGACGGUAUAAGUUCUCCGCCUGAACGGAUAGCCGCAUUACAGGAGUACCCUCUCCCUAAGACAGUGCAGGGUCUUCGUAGGUUCCUGGGUAUGAUCAAUUAUUACAGACGAUGUUUACCACGUGCGGCUGAGUUGCAAGCGCCGUUGAUAAACAUGUUGACUGAUACAAAACUCAAGGGAGCAAAACCGGUACCUUGGACGCCAGAGUUGGAGUGUACCUUUAAUGCUUGUAAGGAAAGUUUGGGACAAGCAACUCUACUCGCAUAUCCACAGCCUGAUGCCUCCUUAGGUCUGUUCACAGACGCAUCAAGUGUCCAGGUAGGUGCUUGUCUGCAGCAACGUGUAGGUAAUGAAUGGCAACCCCUUGCUUUUUUUAGUAAAAAGCUAACUGCUCGUCAAUCAACCUGGCCUGCAUAUUAUAGAGAACUUUUAGCCAUAUACGAAUCCGUGCAACACUUCAGACAUAUUUUGGAAGUGCAACAGUGUACCAUUUUUACAGAUCACAAGCCUCUUCUUUACGCUUUUACUCAGCGUCGGGAGAAACUACCUCCGGUACAGUUAAAUCAACUUACCUUCAUUUCGCAGUUCACGACUGAUAUUUCACAUAUUAAAGGUGUGGAUAACAUUGUGGCUGACACUAUGUCGCGAAUUGAGGCAAUUUCGCUGGAGGAUGACUUCGCCGACCUAGCUUUGUCGCAAAGAGACGAUGAGGAACUACAAAAACUUAUUAGUGACGGCACUUCUCUUAAACUAGAGAAGGUUUUGUUGCCUGGGACUGAUGUCACAAUAUUUUGUGACACUUCCACGGGUCAGCCACGUCCUUUCCUUACCACUCCUUUCCGUCGGAAAUACUUUGAUAAACUCCACAAUUUGAGUCAUCCAGGUCUCCGUGCAAAAUCUCGUCUUCUCACAAAAAGGUUUGUUUGGCCUUCUAUCCAGAAGGAUUUUUGCGAUUGGACUAAGACGUGUUUCUCAUGCCAGCGUAAUAAGGUCACCAGGCACGUUGUCUCUCCUUUAGCUAAUUUCGCUGCACCUGCUGGCCGCUUCAGGCACGUUCAUGUUGAUAUUGUAGGUCCUCUUCCCGUCUGCGAAGGCUAUCGCUAUCUUUUGACGGCUGUAGAUCGAUUCACACGAUGGCCUGAAGCGUGGCCAAUGCGCGGUAUUACCGCCGAGGAGACGGCUGACACCUUGAUGACUGGCUGGAUAUCGAGAUUUGGUGUUCCUUCUCGUAUCACUACAGAUCAGGGUCGCCAGUUUGAGUCCGACUUAUUUCCCAAACUUAUGACACUUUUAGGCACCAAAAAGCUACGAACGACUAGUUAUCAUCCGUGUGCGAAUGGUAUGGUCGAACGCCUGCAUAGGCAGCUUAAGGCUUCCCUGAUGUGUCGCAACGAGCCCUGGAUCAAAGCAUUACCUGCUGUACUUCUUGGCAUGCGUGCUGUGUUAAAAGAGGAUCUCAAGGCUUCAGCAGCCGAACUUGUAUACGGAGAGCCCUUACAUCUUCCUGGAGAGAUGAUCGUUCUUUCGUCAGUUUCACAAGUAUGUGAUCCAUUUGAUUUUGUCUCACGGCUUAGAAUUAUGAUGUCAGACUUGAGACCUGUACCUGCAUCUCAACAUUGUAAAAGAAAAGUUUUCCUGUUUAAAGACCUUUCCACCACUUCACACGUGUUCUUGAGAGCAGACCACGUGAAGCCGCCAUUGGAAUCACCUUACUCAGGACCAUUUCAGGUUGUCAGACGAUCAGAUAAGACUGUCACUAUCGUCGUGGGAAACAAGGAAGUCGUCGUGAGUAUUGAUCGCGUUAAACCCGCAUUUAUCCUCGCACACACUCCACAAUUUACACAAUCUCAAAAUCCUGAUACAUUUUUACCCUCUUCAGUUACGAAUCAGUUACCUUCAUACACACAAAAUCCUCUCACUCAAAAUACAAGUAAUUCUGGCCAUGACUCUUUAGCCCCAUCACCCAAAUACACUACACGCUCAGGUAGACGGGUUCAAUUCGCUCGUCCUUUCGAUCUUUGA